UAACGAUUAAAUAUGAAAACUGCACCUAAAGUCGUGAUUGGAGAACCAGUUCAGGUGAAUCCAUCUAAUGCCAACCAUUUUGGAGGUGGCAGACCAGGACAAUACAAUAACAGUACUAAUCUGUACCCUUCUCAAGGAUAUGGAGGGUCUUCAGGAGCGUAUGGAGCAGGACCUAUGGGACCUCCAGCACCAGCCAGUUAUGAUCCUUAUGCUCCUCAACAACACUACGUCCCACCCCCAAGCUGCUAUGGGAUGAAUAAGCCUAUACCUAUAAAGUGACCGAAUUGUGGGCAUGGUGAUUCUUUACGCUACACAAAGACUAAAAUAAGUAUUUCACCGACACAAUGGAUACUAUUCAUAAUCUUGUACCUUUUCUUCCCAAUGUGUUGUUGUGCUCCUUGCUACGUCCCCAGCUGCUACAGAGUCACCCAUACCUGCGGAGAGUGCAACUAUUUCAUAGGUAUUUCCCAAUAAAAAUUUGCACACUAUGAAGUCUAAUCAAUGAUUAAAAUAAACAAGCACCGAGGCCAGAGUUCAUCGAAACUAAUCUUUAUGGCUAAGCUCACUUAGGUUAAA